CCCAGUGGUUUUCACAACCCACUGUCCGAGGGCAACGGACGUGAAUAUGCAUACGUGAAAGCAUCUUUAAGGAAUGCUCUAAUUACCUCCCACCAUUCAGAUAAGUGACAUUUUAAGGUAUUAACGUGGCAAGGAUCUCAUCGCAAUCGAGCUAUCCCUGCUGGUCGUGGAUGUCCUCAAACCAUGCCACUAUUUCGGAGUGAUUCCGUAGGAAUUUGAUUUCAUCACGACAAACCAUUUUGGGGACCAAAGACUUCAAAGUCUGGCAGGAACAUAAAGAAAAACAAAAUUUAGACUCAUAGUGGAACAUCUAUCUGUUUGUCGCAUCAACACACGUGUCGGCAUCUUUGUGAAGGAUCUCCUGCUUACAGAUUGUAAAGUCUACUUUAGUAACGAUGAUACCCCGCCGAACUAUUGCUAAACUAGCCUGCCUCAUUCUCAUCGGCCCUGUAUUCAUCUACGGAAUCGUGAAGUUCAGGUACCUAUUGGAUGCCGAGCACGAGGUCCGUCAAGGUCGUAUGUCUCUCUGGAGAAAGACUGGGUACGGAGUCCAAAGUUCGAGCAGCGAGGGUGAAAUGUCCCCGAGUCUGUACUGGAAGAGGAGAAGUGCAUCUCGUCUGGUCGGGGACAAGACGAAGGAGAAUGCGGAAGAAAAGAAUGUUACCAAACUUCGCAAAGAAGUGAUAAUGGCUCUGAAAAAGCUAGAUAUCGCAAAAAAGAAAUUGCACCAUCGAGAAAUUUUAAACAAAUAUCCGUAUACUAGUGGAAAGCCGGGAUGGAAAAUGGAAAAUAGUUCUGAAAACAAAGUAGGUAUUGUCAAUAAAUUACAUGAGAAAAUAGAGCACUCUGAUAUGCAGAAAGACGAAAUGGGCCUUGAUAUAUUGGAAACCGAGGGUGAAAUCGGUAAUUAUUUCGAUGAGGAUGAUGAAGAUAUUGAGGAUGACCCCAAUCUAAAUGCGGAUGUUGUACGAGCUGUGCCUGUCUCACAUGUAAAACGAUACGUGGAUGAACCUGUGGAUCCACAUGAAUAUAACUACAUUUACAACCCAUCUCACCGCUGCUACGACAAAGAUGGACGACCUCGCAGUGUCUUCCUACUCCUGAUGGUAGUAACAGCACCGGGGCACUUCCAGAGGAGGGAUGUCAUCAGGAAUACUUACGGAAGCGAGGAUCAAUGGCCCGCUCUUAAGAGAGGUGUCUUUACCACGGUGUUCCUUCUUGGAAAGACCUUCAACGACACUCAGCAGAAGAUGAUAGACAAAGAGGCCCAUAUAUACAGUGACAUCGUGCAGGAGGAUUUCAUCGACACCUACGCCAAUCUCUCUCGGAAGACGGUGAUGGGGUUGAAGUGGGUGACGAACCACUGUCGACAUACCACUUUUGCCAUGAAAAUUGACGACGAUUCCAUGAUCAACCAGGGGCGGUUCCUCUGGAUCUUCAAGGAUUCCUCGCUCACAAACUGGACAGCAUCAGAGACAAUGCUGAAUGCCCCGGUGUUACGUAGCACCACUAGUAAGUACUUCAUCUCCGAGGAAUAUUACCCUGCACCAACAUACCCACCGUAUAUGAAUGGUCCUGGAUAUGUCUUGUCUUCGGACCUGGUUGAAUCGGGCUACCACAUGGCUCUCAAGACACCCCUCUUCCCAUGGGAAGACGUCUUCCUCGGCACCUGCUUCAAGAAGAUGGGUUUCAAACCCGUUUACCAUAAACGUUUCCUGUGGAUACCCAACCCUCAGUUCUUCACUUUAAACAGCGAGAGGACAAUAGUCUCAGGAAUACGUCCCUACAUUGUGAUAUCAAAUCUACAACCUAAUACCAUGGAGUUCGUUUGGUUUAUAUGCAAAAUUAAACUUAUCAGACCGGUAUGAUGCCCUAAUUGCGUCUUUCAUUUUCAACUCAAAACAAAUCCAAAGUUUCUAUAUAUUCUUAUAAGUAUGAAAUUUCGUUUCCUUUUAAUGAUUUAGUUUCAUUUAAUACGAAACGAUGUCGUACUUAUAGACAGAUGACAGAAAGAAAACUUAGUUUCUGCAUGCUGAUAUCGGAAUUACUGAAUCAAAUUAUUUAUCAUUCUCUCUCAAGAAUUUCAUAUAAUAAGACAUAAAAAUGAUGCGUUUCGGAUAUGCCAAUAGUGUUCUUGUUUUUUCAUCUGUCCUAUCUCGGUAUAGCUUGCCAUUAAACUAUCUCCCUUCUUUUAAUUUGAUGAUGAGUUUGUCCUGACGACUUAAUAAGUACUUACUCAAUUUGUUAUUAAUUAUGAACCUGAUAAUUAACCGCAUCUGCUUUGCAUGCUUAUUUUAUAUAUGAUAUAUAAAGAUAUUGAUAAUGGAAAUAGAAAUAAUGAUGAUGGUAUAUGGUAAUGAUAAUCAGGCGCGGAUCCAGGAGGCCGAGCG